AUGGCUUCCGAAGGCACUUCGUGGGGCAAUGAAGGAUUUGCGGCCGCGGAAGGCGAUCAUACUCAGCAUAGCGACGAACAAGUUGAUAACUUUGCUCAAGACUCUCAUGUGUCAGGUGAAUCAGCGGAUAAUGGAACAGAGGAUGGAGGGGAUUAUGAUCCCGAAUAUGUCCCCGUUGAAACAGUUCUCCCAGACCCUCCAGUCCCUGAAAACGCCGCUCCCGCUGUCCUUUCGCAACGUCCAACACCCAAGCCAAAAAUGUCCGGCGGCUUCUUAGUGGAAGCCUCCGACGACGAAGACGAUGACCAAGAAGACAAUGCAGGCCCUGGCGAGCCUUCAGCGUCGCAGGGUCAAGUUGGUCAGCCCACUGAGAUCAAGAUGGCAAUUGCUCCAGCCCCUCCUCUUCCCACUAAUGCUCCUCCCAACGUGACUGCAACACCUGUGGCUAGCCUUGAUCCGGUAGCGUUAUUCGAGGCUCGCAUCAAAGAGGAUCCUCGAGGCGACUUGGAUGCUUGGGAGAAUCUCAUUGCCGACCAUAGGCGCAACAGCAGAUUGGACGAAGUUCGCAAGGUUUAUAAUCGGUUCCUGGAAGUUUUCCCCCAGUCGGCCGAUGUGUGGGUGGAAUGGAUCAAGAUGGAGCUCGGCAUGGACAACUUUGUCGAUGCGGAACAGCUCUUUGGCCGAUGCUUGAUGACAGUCCCCAAUGUCAAUCUCUGGACCGUUUACCUCAACUAUAUCCGCCGUCGAAAUGAUCUCAAUAAUGAUUCAACGGGCCAGGCCAGAAGAACCGUGACCCAAUCGUAUGAAUUUGUAAUUGAUAACAUUGGCGUUGAUCGCGACUCGGGCAAUAUCUGGCAGGACUACGUUCAAUUCAUCAAGAGCGGGCCUGGCCAAAUUGGAGGCACUGGCUGGCAGGACCAGCAAAAGAUGGAUCAGCUACGCAAAGCCUACCAUCGUGCGAUCAACGUUCCCAUGUCAACAGUAAACAAUCUAUGGAAAGAGUAUGAUCAAUUUGAGAUGGGGCUCAAUAAAGUGACAGGCCGCAAGUUUAUUCAAGAACGAUCUCCUGGAUAUAUGUCUGCAAAGAGCGGCAACAUUGCCUUGGAUAAUAUUACACGAGACUUGAAACGCACAAACCUCCCUCGAUUACCACCGGCACCGGGAUUUGAAGGAGACCAGGAAUUCCGCAGCCAGGUUGCCCUAUGGAAGAAAUGGAUCGAAUGGGAGAAGGAAGAUCCGUUGGUGCUUAAGACGGACGAACCGAAAGUAUUCGCGCAGCGGGUCCUGUACUGCUACAAACAGGCCCUCAUGGCUUUGCGCUUCUGGCCAGAGCUUUGGGUUGAUGCAGCCGAGUGGUGCCUCCAGAACGACAUAGGUGACGUUGAUAAAGAGCUGGGAACUGAGUUUUUGGUACAAGGAAUUACUGCGAACCCUGAAAGCGUUUUGCUUGCUCUGAAGCAUGCAGACCAUAUUGAGGCCACCUCUCCGCUAAGGGAGGGAGACAAGUCCGAAUUCGCCAAGGCGGUACGGAAGCCUUUUGACGAUGUUCUUAAUACCUUGUAUGCGUUGGGAGAUAAGGCGAAAGAGCGCGAGAAGCUGGAAAUCUCCACCCUCAAGCAAGCGGCAGCAUUUGAGGCUCCUGUGCAGCAGUCAAUCGAGGACGACGACUAUGAAGAAGGGACGUUGAAGAAGGCGUCUACCGAGGAACGUAUCUCUGCUAUUCAGAAAGGCUACGCUGCCGAGACCAACCUCCUUUCCCGCACCAUUUCAUAUGUAUGGAUUGCUAUGGCGAGGGCAAUUCGCCGCAUCCAAGGCAAAGGCAACCAGACCGAUGGGGGGCUGCGCAAAGUUUUUACUGAUGCCCGACAGAAGGGACGUCUUACUAGCGACGUAUAUGUUGCCGUCGCUCUGUUGGAAUCUGUAGUGUACAAAGAUCCAGUCGGUGCCAAGAUUUUUGAGCGUGGAGCCCGCCUCUUUCCGAAUGACGAGGGCUUCGUUGUCGAGUACUUGAAGUUUUUGCAUUCCAAGGACGAUACAACGAAUGCUCGAGUGGUUUUUGAGACUUGCGUUAACCGCCUUGUCGCCAAUCCAGAGACGCUUCAUAAGGCUAAACCUCUAUACUCCUACUUUCACAAGUAUGAAUCUCAAUACGGCGAACUCUCCCAGAUCCACAAAAUCGAGGCGAGGAUGCUGGAGCUGUUUCCUGAAGACCCAAAGCUCGCCAAUUUUGCGGCUCGCUACUCAUCUGACAACUUUGAUCCGAUCGCCGCCCCCGUCAUCAUUUCAAAAGCCGCGCAAAUGAGGCCUAGGCUUGCUGCUCCUAUCAUCGAGCAGCCUGCAUCAGCACGUAACAGCUUUCCCCCACAGAGAGAACAGAGCCCCCGACCUCAGUACAUUAGGGCCACUGCGUCUCCGAAACGCCCCCUUGGACCGGACGAAGAAGAGCUAAACCCCCCAAAGAGGCUCGCUCGAGGCAGCUCUCCGCUCAAGGGCGCAGCUGGCCGCCGACUGGACCAGCAGCGUCGCAAUCAGUCAUCAGCUCUUCAUCGAGAUAUCACGUUCCUCCUGGGCAUUCUUCCUCCAGCCCAUACCUAUGACUCGCAGCGGCUCAGCGCGCAGGGCAUGGUCUCACUGCUCCGGGAUACGCCCCUUCCGGACUAUGGGACUUGGAAAGCUCAAACUGGGGGACAGUAUCGUUUUACUGCCCCAGUUCAUGGACGGCAAGCUUCAGGAGAAUUCCCAAGGCCCAUCAGCCCUUAUGGACGAAUUGCCCCUGCUUCUAACGUCUACCGGCAGUCGCCUCUAAGGACAGAAACUGGAAAUGCGUACCCAACGCUUCCGUACGGAGCCACUGACACAAGUGGAACUACGAGCCAGUGGCCUCCGGCUCCUGCAGGAUAUAGCGCGCCGCCACCAGGGCAGUAUGGUGGAUAUCGAUUUUAG